CAGCGCUUCUUCAGCUAGUCUGGCACCGUAAAAAGAGUUCAUACUCCAAAAUCAGUUCAGUUUGCGUUUGACCAUCGUGUCGGUCUGAUGUCUGCACUUUUUUUCGAGGCUGUGUGGAAGGCUCUGGUGUAGAGAAGUGAGUUUUUCUUAGACUUUACGCGCGUGAAUCCGUUAGAGCACGUGAACGCGCGAAUUUGAACGACGAUAUCCGAGGAAUAGCCCGCCACUCCCGCAUCGAUCCCGGUUUUCUAAGUGUGGCUGUUUGCCUGUAUUCGGCGUAAUUAGAGGAAGGAAAAUUGGUGGAAUUAACUUUCUGAUUUAUUCUGUUUGCAAUUGUGGAUCCCGGCUGAGUUGGAUUUUCACUCACUGGCUUCAAUACUCGUUUGGUUGAUUUUUGGGUUUUCGCUCCGGUCUGGAUGUGUGCGAUAUGCAGUUAGCUUUGGCGGACGCUGCGCAGACCAGAGAGGAACUCACCCGCGAUAGAUAGUGUUGUCGGUCAGCCUGGGGGUGCCGUUUGAAUCUUUCUUGAGGCCGGUUGAUUUGCCUCCCCGGAAUAAUCACGAUCCACACGUGAGAUACAGCGAAGAACUAACGUAACCGUUUAGCGCGUGAUCUCGUUUGCCAAAUAAAGAGAAGAUUACUUAUGGAUGCUUCUGGUUAGAUAGGAGAAGGUGUUGAUUGGAUAAUUGGAAGCAGCACGAUCUGUCUGCUUAAGAAAAACAUCUAGGUGAAGUUGCCAAACGCAGACGGGAGAUCCAAAUCCAAGUCAAGUGUGUCAAAAGCGAACGAAGGAAAAAUCAUAACAAUCAGCAAACACAACUCCAGAAGAACGCUAAACGUUCCAUAAUUGGCGAUCAUAACCAGCUCAAGCGAUCACGUCCGUUAACGUGUGCAUCAGCAAUCCCGGUGCAGAAGGUAUAAAUAGAAAAGGCCUGGAAGAGGCAAAGUGAGUGUUCCUAAUUAAGAUUAACGUUUCCCGAGUUAGGCCAUCGCCGUGGGCAUAGUUUCGCUUUCCAACGAGGAGAAUUUCCCCCUGCGGUGGGGGUGGAAGACAAGCGCAAAAAAAAAACAGGAAAAGAGAUCGAAAGUGAGCCACUGGUUCCUGCCGAGAGCUGCGCGGACAUAUCGAGUUCGGAACAGGAACGAAAGUUUGUGUGUUUGUGUUGUGCGCAGAGUGUGCGGUCGUCGUUAGUGGUUUGUUCCAUUUUUCUGCGAGGCAGCGACGACGACGACUACUGACGAUUGUGGUUGGACCAAACAAGUGGUGUUGUUAGGAAACUAGGUUCCCCCGUGGUGCAUACGAAACCCCGGCCAAGAUUGGAAAGAUGAAGCUGAAAGUGGAACUUCUAGUUUUGAUGGUGAUGAUAGCGGGUAGUCACGCCAGUGCCAGCGCCCGGCUGGGCUCGUCCUGCCAACACGAUAUGGACUGCUCGGACAGUAUCCGCGGUAGCUAUUGCUCUCUGGAAGGCUUCUGCGAGUGUUCUCCGUUCAACGUGCGGCUCAACGAGACCAAGUGUUUGCCAUCCCAACUGCUGGAAAGCGAGUGCAUCCUAUCGGACCAAUGUGUCAUGCGUGUGGCCAACAGCCACUGCAUCGAGGGUCGCUGUCACUGCGAGGAUGGCUUUCUGCAGUUCCGAAAGCACACCUGUUUGGCACCCGCCCAGCCGGGAACGGUAUGCUACAGUCACGCGCACUGCCGCAUGUGGGACAAAGAGAGCCACUGCGACUUUCUAAUACCAAAUCUGUUCGGCCGGUGUCAAUGCACGUCCCCGGCUCGCCAAGUGGGUCCAACCUGUGUGGUGGAAUCGUCAUCCGCUGCGGUUCCCAUCGUGGCAGAUGUUACCACUGAAGAGUUGCCCCCCGUUGCCAAACCUCAACAACAGAAACCGGAACCAAGUGAGGUGAUUGUAACUAGUACUACCGAGGAUGAUUCUGUUGUAGUUGAAGAGUUCGUUACUAAAGUACAACCUGCUGAGGAUCAGAAGCAGCAGCAACAGGUGAUGGAACAAGCCGAAGAGGUGGUUCAAGUAGAACAGACUAGCGAGGAGGGUGAGGAGAGUACGACGGCCAGUGGCAGCUACGAUGAGUAUGCGACCAGCGAAGAAAGUGUGUCCUAUGAUGAUUCUAAGAGCACAUCUGAUAUGCAAAUGUUUGAAAAUACUGAAAAGUACACCACCAUGGAACAAGAAGCAGAGGAAAACUAUCAGAACAAGGUUGAAGAGGAUACGGGAGAAACGACUUCGUAUCAGGAGUCCACUGAUUACGACCAGUAUUCUUCAGAUGUGUCGACUGCAGGACCAAGUAGUGAAAGCUUUGAGAGCUAUGAGAAUGCAAGUCACGAUGGAGAAGAAUCGGAUGGCUACUAUCAAACUUAUCAAAGUACACAUGAAUACCCCCAACAGGUGGAACUAUUGGAGAAACACAAUCAUAUAUCCGGCGAGGAUCAUUCAAACAUAAUUGAAGGUGAGGACGAGUCUACUCCGAAAACCAGUCAAGAAAAUUACGAAGCCACAAACGAUACCUCUGAAAUCUACUCCACUACUGAGUUUCAAUUUAACAAAGAACAUACAACGAAGGUUGACGAAACUACCCCAGAAUCUCUCACCAAAAAGCAAGAUACUGAAAAUGAAGUUGAUGCGGCCAUCGUUGAGCAAACCACACCAACCAUGGUUCGGUUGGCCAGCCGAACAACAGUGAUGGAACCGGAAGCUCCUGUGUCGACAACGGUCGCCACGCUUCUAGCCGAAGCUGAUCCAACGACCACGACGACAACCGAGCGCUGGACGACUAGUACCACACCAAAACCGACGACAACUAGUACUACAACGACCACCACUGUUGCACCCACUCCGAGCACAGAGGGCAGCAUCAGAGUUAAGCACCAAGGCAUUCGGACACGUGUUGAUCUUGGCGAUGGGCCCAUCUCGCUGGGAUUGGCUUGCAUCAACAAUCGACAGUGCCAGUUGGCUGAUCCGUACACCUACUGCAACGAGCAGGGCAGGUGCGACUGUGCUCAUUCCCAGCAGCAGCCACCAACGGCGACGGAGAAUACAUGCAACGCUGCCAGUACCGGGUGCUCGCCGGGAACGUUUCAGUGCCGCUCGAGUGGAAUCUGCAUCAGUUGGUUCUUCGUAUGCGACGGCCGUCCGGAUUGCAGCGACGCCUCCGACGAAGAGUGCAACUUCUCGCUGAAAGCCAACAUCACCAACUGUCCGGCGCUAUCGUUCCGGUGCGAAAAGAGUGGCCGGUGCAUUUCGCGUGCCGGUAUUUGCGACGGGAAAAUCCAGUGCCCUCAGGGAGAGGAUGAAGUCGGCUGUGAUUUCCGCAAGUCACGCAAAUGUCCGGAGCAUACGUUCAUGUGUCGCAGCGGCGAGUGCCUGCCGGAGUACGAGUACUGCAAUGCGAUCGUUUCGUGCCGGGACGGAAGCGACGAGCCACCGCACCUGUGCGGAUCCCGAUCGGUACCGAAUUUCUUUGUGAAGCUGCUUUCAGGACCGAGCAGCCGUAGCCGGAACUACUGCCCGAUGCGGUGCGGAAAUGGAAAUUGUCGCUCCACGGCCAUUGUGUGCUCCGGUCGGGACGGGUGCGGCGACGGAAGCGACGAGGACAGCUGCUCGGUUUGCCGUUGUCCGGCACCAUCCACCGAAUACGAUGAAAUAGCGGCCCCGUCCUUGGUGGCAGCUGCAUCCUCCUACAUCCCCAUCACCAGCAACAUCAGGUCCCGACAACGGAAUCGAACGGGUCGAAUCACCAGCAACUGGAAUAUUCAUCAAUCGCAGCAACAACAGUAGAACUGCCGUGGCCGUGACGUUUCUAAGUCCAUCUUGAAACUGAAUGAGAAUCUCAUUUUCGCUAGGCAGCGCUAGCAGCCAGCGGAAGAACUCACUCUCAUUAGUGGUGCUUCACUCUUGAACAAUUUUAUUUAUACACAAUCUGCAUGUCGAAAUUUUCGUUUAUUCCAUUAAGAUAAAUCACCAUGCGUCGUGGUUCAGCAUUAGAAGCAUGUGACAACAUCAACCGAGAACGAGUAGUGUGCAAAAAAAAUAGCAUCGACCUAAAUAUAGUCUUAUCACUCAGAGUGCCAACCGCAACCAAGCAUACUUAGCAAAACACGAAACGUGCAAAGUUUACGCGCCACACACACUAUCGGUAAGAUUGUUGCCACGACCGCUCACGGUCGAUGAUGCUGAAACAUUCUCAUCGUCUCUCAAGAUCGCGAGAAACGACACAUUCCUUCCGGCGUAGCCUAUCGCAAAAUUUAUGUUUUUUUUUUUUUGCAACGAUUUGCUACGGACGCGCGCGGAGAAACAAAUCCGUUCAAGUGGUUCGUGUGUGAAUAUGUGGCUGAAAGACGAACUACUGCGAUAGAUGCAAUUCCACACCACUUAUAGUUUUUAUCAACUUUAAAUUAUUACUCAAACAAGAUCGAUUUGGGUUUGUUAAUUUUGGAAAUACGUCCCAGUUAUGCAAAAGCAAGCGAGUAUGAAAUGACAAUUGUCCGGUAUGUUAAUCAGUACGGUUCAACCAGCGCCUGGUGGAAGAAGGCGAUACCCUAGAGGCGUACGACUCAGUCUCAGUGUAUGCACUGCACAUGUAGCUAGGUAGUGCUCUUAAUUCACAGCGGAAAAUACGAGCAUUUUCUGUUCUACGUUUUUAUUUUAUUUUAUUCCAUACGACUGAAGCGCCUCUCGGGCUAGGAGUAUUUAUAGAGAAGAUAUUGUACAUAGAUAUUUACUGACUACACUAGAGUAUAAGGAUCAUUUUCGCUUCCCCUUUGGCAAUGCAAUGUCUUAUGACGUCAAAACGUCAGAGUUGGUGGAACAAGGUGCGUCUGGAUGGUAUUUGAAAUUGCUCUCAAGGCAAUUUGAGUUGGAAUGGAUAAGUUAUACGCGUUGAAAAUUUAUCAUAAUUUUUCAGUUGUGAAGAAUAUUUGGGAGAUAU